AACCAAACUUUUGUGAGAAUCUAUGACACCACGUUUUUGACAUUAACAAUAAAAACUCAAGCUGUCACAAAACCAAAAACAUGUCACAAUUUGAUUAAUUAUUUUAUAAUGUCUGAAAACAUUUUUUACACAAAAGCCGCAAAAUACUGGGCUAAUGUCCCAGCCACGAUAAACGGCGUGCUUGGCGGCUACGAGCAUAUCUCGGGCAUUGACAUCAAGGGGUCCAAGGCCUUUCUAAAUGACAUUCUAAGUCUUAAAAAUGCCCCCGGUACUGAGUUAGCUCUAGACUGUGGAGCCGGGAUCGGCCGAAUCGCUCAAUACCUGCUGAUUCCCGUGUUUGACAAGGUUGAUUUGGUCGAACAAGAGAAGAGGUUCCUCUCCGUCGCCAAAAGAAGAAUCGGUGAACUCCACGAAAGACUUGGAUCACUUUACAAUAUAGGCUUGCAACAUUUUACCCCGAAGAAAAAAUAUGAUGUCAUCUGGUGCCAAUGGGUACUUGGUCAUUUAAACGAUAUCGAUCUAAUUGCGUUUUUAGUAAGAUGUAAAAAAGCGCUCAACACGAACGGUGUUAUAGUAGUUAAAGAGAAUAUCACUGCAAGCGAAGAAAUAGAAUAUGACGACGAAGAUUCAUCAGUAGCCCGACCUUACAAGCUCAUGCAAUUAAUAUUCAAAGAAGCUAAUUUAGAACUGAUAAAAGAAAGUGUACAAGACGGAUUUCCAGAUGAUAUCUAUAAAGUUUAUUUAUUUGCUCUAGUCCCAAACGAUUUGGACAAAAAAGCCUUUGUUUUAGCUUCUUGAUUAUUGAAUAAUCUUGUUAGGUUAAAAAAAAGGAUAAGUUAAUAAAGCAUUUACAAC